AUGUUUUAUAGUAACGAAAGAGCUGAGAAAUUAGUGGAAUGGUUUCGAUAAUUCAUUCAAAAUUUCUAUUCUUAGGAUGCACAAAUGAUCACGAUGGAAAUGAACAAAGGCAUUUUGACUCUGUUGAGUGUACCUCAAGAACAGAAUGUGUUUUGUUCCCAAGAGUAUACAGUAUUUUCAUUUCAACAUUAAAGGUAGUAAAUUUCAUACCAAAAACAUUGUUACGUUGUUUUAUGAGAAUCAGUAAUGCAUUCCUACUUGUGAUUUCAUUGAUAAUGAUCAUAAAUCCAACUCUGUCCCCAUACUAUAUUUGGAUGAUAAUAGUGUAAAUUACAGCUGGAGCAAUUGUGUUUAUUUGCAAUGAGGCCUUAUGUGAUUGGCAAAGAAGAAACUCUGACAAAUUGAUGAAUCAGCAAUUUACAAAGAGAGGAGGUCGAAAUGGCGUGAUAGAGGAGAUCAAAUGGUAAGAAAUUAAUAUAGGGGAUGUACUGAUAUUAAAUAAGGGGGACAUAGUGCCAGCCGAUAUUAUCGUAUUGGACACUGGAUAGGUGAGAGAUAGAGAAGCAGUUUGCAUGGUAGAUUCUUCUUAUUGUGAUGGAAAGAGCACAUUCACAAAAAAGAAGAGUUGUUAUUUGACUUAAUGUAUUUAAGAAUCUUUAUAUGACAAGUAAUCGUGUUAAGAACUAGACAGAAAUCUUAGUUUGCUGAAUAUAGAAAAUUAUUAACUGGUCGUUUAGAAUAUGAAGUACCAAAUAGACAUUCAAAUAUAUUCAGAGGGAGGUUAAAAUUGAAAAAGGAUCCUAAGGUUGAAUUUUUGUCUAUUGAGAAUCUCAUACUUCAAGGAUCGACUAUAAAAUAGACAUCAUGGUUAUUUGGAUUAGUUGUGUAUGUUGGUUCUAAAACAAAGAAUUCUAUGAGUUCUAAAAGGAAUAAGGCUAAAUGUUCUCAUGAAGAAAAUCUUAUUGAUUUCAUAUCAUUGUUUAUGAUAACGUUAAUUCUAUUUUUCUGUUUAGUAUUAUGAUUGGAUUUAUAAUUUUAGAUAUCAAUAAUAGUACUGUUAGCUAGAUCAGAUGACCUAACCUUUGCUUUGAGGAUUGAUAAGAACACAUAAAAUGGGAUGAAGAUAUUCAAUCUUCUCAUUCUGUACAGUUAAUUCAUACCAGCAAAUAUUUUCAUGAUCCUAGAUUUAAUCAAUAUAGUAAACAAACUCAAAUUCAAAUUACAAAGGCCUCAAACCUUUUCUGAAUUGGGUUCAUUGGAUUAUAUGUUACUGGAUAAGACUGGCACAAUUACGACAUCAUAUUAUAAGCUAGAUAAUUUUUAAUUCGGAUCACAGGUAUUCAAUCUGAAUCACGAUUAACUCUUCAAUCAAUUAACCAAAAAUAAAAGGAAUGAUGAGGAAGAAGAUGUUGUCAAAUUUGCAUCCAUCUUUGAUCAAGAAUACUAUAUACCAAUGGAAUAUGAUACGGUCAAUCGUAAAACUAGCCAAGUUAUCGAUCUAAUGCCAAAUAUAAAUAAAAAAGUGUUAAAAUCAGUUACAACUGAUAAUAAUCAAUAAAUCUUUAAUUAGGUACUUGAAUAACAAUACCAAUUACAACCAAACAGUGUAAGAAGUCAAGAUUUUCAUGACAUGGUUAGUCUACGUAAAUCAAUGUUAUUUUAACAUAAAAAGAGAAACUUAUUGCAUCAACAUUAAUCUUUGAUGAACAACAAUAAUGACGAAUUUCUACAAAUGAUUAAUCAAUAUAAACAUAAGUCUCCACAAUUAGAAUAUGCUGAAUUACAAAAUGAAAAUGCUCUCUAUUACGAUUGUUUUAUGAAAUGCCUCAUCUUAUGCCAUGAGGCCAGACCAGUGUAUUUGAAUGAUGUCUAAUAUGAAUCAUUUUCUAAGAAUGAGGAAAUAGCAUUAGGAUUUGCUAGACUAUGUGGUUAUCAAUUAGAAUCCUUUAAUAAAUUUGAUUGUCCUGAUGCUUAUCUAUGUAAAAUAAGGAAUCAAAAGAUCUAAUAUGAUAUUUUGGGAUUAAACCAAUAUACUGAAAAUCGAAAUGUCAAUUCAAUUGUUGUCCAAUCCUAAAAGAGUGGAGAUAUUGGAGAUUGGGAUCCCUGUGCAAUAUCCCAUCUAAGUGGUGAAGGGUCCAAGAAUAAGUCCUUACUCAUUUGCAAAGGAGAUUAUGAUGCCAUCAAAACAAAAUUGCAAUUGACUCCAAAGGAAAAAGAAGAAUUAGAAUAGCACAUUUAAAUCUUAAAAAUGAGAGGAGUUAGAAUGAUUCUCUAUGGAACUAGAGUACUAAAUGAAAAAGAAACUGAAGAGUACAAAAAACAAUUCAAUUUGUUAAAAAACUCUCUCACCAACCAAGAUGAAUAAUUAGAAUAAUUGGCCAUACAAUAUGAAUAACAAUUAUCCAUUAUAGGCAUGAUUGGAUUUAAGGAAGAAUUAAAAUAAGAUGCAUAUGAGUUUAUCCAAUCUAUCAAAAGCUAAAACAUACAUAUAUGGCUUUUGAGUGGAGAUCAAGAAGCACAAACCAUCAGUUGUGCUUAAGCCUUAUAAAUAAAUGAAUCCAUUUACAACAAAUAUCUUUAGAUAUCAUAGACAGAAAACGAAAAGAUAUGGUUUCAGUUAAAUACAUGCAUCGGCAUCAUUUAAUCAGAAAUGGUCAAAUAAUAAUUGUGCAGUGAAGAUUUCAAUACGCUUAUCAAUUCAAGUAAUACCAUUUACGAUGGAAUAAAUUACCAAAAGAUGCUCAAAUUUACACUUCUAGUUAAUGGAAAUGCUCUAAGCAUAAUCUAAAGUGAUAAUGAUUUAUUGAGUCAUUUUAGAUUUUUGGCAGGAAUAUGUAAAAAUGUUAUUGGUUAUAAUAUGAAUUAACAACAUAAAGAGAUGAUGUGCAAAAUCAUCAGAAAUUCACUUAAUAAACAUGUGAUUGCAGUUGGAGAUGGAUUCAAUGAUCAAUUGAUGAUGCAGUACUCUAAUAUUUCUGUUGAAGUUAUUAAUAAUAAGAAUAAGCAAUCAAUUAUAAAUACAGGCGAUAUAAAGGUCUAAUACUUGGGUGAAAUUAAGGAAUUACUAUUAUAAGGUAAGAUUUAUUAGGAAAAAUUGCAUCAUUUAAUAUUGUAUUGUUUCUAUGCUGCAGGAUUGAUAGGGAUGUCAUUAUUCUUUUUUAAUUGGUUCUGCUAUUUCACAUCAACUAGUCUCCAUGGAAGUCUUAUUUUAUUUUUCUAUGUAGAAAUAUUUAUUGGAUUAAAUGGACUUUUGAUUGGACUAUUCUCUAAAUAAACCUCAUAUUACAUUAAUCAACUUUAUCCUUCACUCUACAUUGAUGGUCAGAUUAGAAUAAAAAUCAUUUGGAAGUUGUUUUUGUUGAAUAUUAUGGAAUCCUUUUUGACUUCAGCUGCUAUAUUUUACAUGAUACAGUACUAAUUUAACUAUUCAAUAAAUGAUUAAGGAUACAUUAUUGAUUUAGCAAUGAAUUCUUUAGGCAUCAUAUACUGUUUUAUCAUUGUUAUAACAUUUAGAGUAUUCUAGGUUUUGAAUUCUUUCGGGAAAUUGAUGUAGCUGAAUUUGGUAAUUAUUCUUGUUUUAAUCGUCAUCUUUUCAGAUGAUUACAAAAAUGAAACAUAUCAAAUGUUUACUCGCUAUUAGUGCAUUAUUUCUAUAAUAAUCUCAUUAAUCUUGUCAUUUACUAUUAAAUACGUCUUUUAAGAUAUCAUUCGAUUGAGGAUUUUCCCUAGCGUUUAUGAAUAAAUGUCAUUUCGAUAUGAAUUGGAUAAUGAAUCAAUCAACAAUUAGUAAAUAAUCAACCAACACUUGGAUUAAUAAAUGUAUAUAAACUUAUCAUGAUAUAAUAGAAACAUUUCGCUUAUCAUAUCUUAAGUCUUCAAAGAUUGCAAAGUCUUAUCCCCCUACAUUUAAGAAAUCUUGAAUCCUGGUGAUACUAAAAUUACUGAAAUGAGAUUAUCUAAACUGACGCUUAAAAUAAAUGACCUAAUUGUGGAACAGAAGUUUCUUUCUAUAAAACUGCAAGAAUCACUAAAUUCUUAUAGAUUAUUUCUUAUUUUACUGUUGAUCUACUUCGGAAUUUAUUGUUUGAUCGAUUAUUUCAUAAAUCUUUAACGAAUCCAAACCGGCGCACUUUAUUUAUGCCUCUUCUGCAUUUUCGCUAUCAUCAUCAUAUACGUGAUGAGCAAGCACUUGUAAUAGAAUUAUUAUACUCAUUCACACAUGAUCUUUAUUGUGUUUUAUAUCAUAAAGUUAUCCUUGGAUUGGCUGAGUGAUGACUUAAGUUUCAUUAUGUCAUCUGUAUUGGUUGCAUUAUUUACAACCAAUAACACUAUGAACAUCAACAUCAUACCAAUUUUUGCCUAUAACAUCAUUUACAUCGUUCAAUUAAUUGCAAGAAUCAUCUUGGUUCUAGUUGCUGAUUCAUCCUUAUCCACAUCAGGCUAUUAUAACCAUACUAGAGUUGUGAUUUAUGGAUCUAGUACUUCGAUUAUUUUGAUGUUAAGCCUAACAUUCAGUUUGCUCUACACAUUAUACAAGACAAUAUAACGUCGAAGAACUGAUUUCUUAGCCAAGUAUUAUAUUGAGUAAGACAACUUGGCUGCCAAUGACAUACUAUCCAUUUUAGUACCAAAAUUUGUUCGCAAUCAAAUCCAACUUGGUAGUUUACAUAUGCAAGAAGCUUAAAAUGAUGUGUCAAUACUGUUUUGUUAUAUUUGUGAUUUCGAUUCUAUAAUGAAGGAAGAGGGAAGAAAUGUCGUAUUGAUGUUGGACUCUUUAUUUCGAAUCUUUGAUAAUUUAUGCCUAUAACAUGGAGUGCAAAAGAUUGAAACUGUUGGUUAUACUUAUAUGGCAGCUACUGGCAUUAAGGCAUCUGAAAUCAAUAUCUCACCUCACAUGUUAAAGACAGAAAAAACCAUGAGGCUUGUCAAUAUGGCAUUCGAUAUGAUGGAAUAAAUUAAAGGAAGGCAGUAUGGUAAAGGUAAUCAAAUUGAAAUGAAAAUCGGUAUUCAUGUGGGGAGAGUUAUUGCAGGCCUCAUUGGACAUCAUAAGCCUUAAUUUUCUUUGAUAGGUGAUCCAGUCAAUUAAACUAGUAGGGUUGGUUCUACUGGAGAUGUUGGUGCAAUAACACUUUCUGCAGAAGCAUUUAAAUAAGCCAAGCAGGGAAUCAAAUACUAUCAUAAAAAAUAAAAGGAAGCCAAAGGAUUGGGAUUGAUUGAUACAUAUUAAGUAUUUAAAAUUAAGCCAAACAAUUACCAAAUACCAAUCAAUUAAUUGAGAUGGUAAUAAAUAGCAAAAUUAGUCAUCAAAUAAUAGAAAAUUAGUAGAAAUAUAGCAGGAGAAGUUCAAAAAGCAACCUUUCUUUAGAAAAUUCAAAACUCAUUAAAUAAUUUACAUGAUAAUAGUUGGGGAAGUUAAAAAAUUUCUAAUUCACCAAAAACAUAGUUUGCACAAUCUCUUUUAAAUGUUCCAUCUUUACCUGACCAACGUAGACACAGUUAAUUAGAUACUAUUCCCAUAUAAAGUUUAGCAAUUUUGGAUAGUGAAGAGACCUAAAUACACGAUCAGUAACAUGUAUAAGAUGAUGAAAAUAAAUAGAAAGGAUUGUUAAAGCCAAACAUACUUUUAAUGAUUCCUGAGAGUUAAAACCAGAUUAAGAGUAGCUUUUAUAAUAUACAUUACGAACAACAAUAAUACGAAAGUUAUUUUGCUUUGUUGACACUUUGGAUCAUCUUUUUCGUUAUAACAUUACUCAGCAUUAUUAUAAGGGAAUUCUUCGGUCAAUCUUACGAUAUAUUUUUUAUAAGAGUAAGAAAUUCUUAUUUAUAAUUAGUCCUUGUUUUUGCUAUGCUUAAUAAUAUUGUUGCCAAUUAUUAAAUAAAGCUAUAAAAAUGUCUACAUAAAUUGGAUCUUUUAUGUCGUUUUUUUAUAUGGAUAAUUUUCAAUAAUUUAUGGAACAUUUUUAGCUAAUAAUGAAUUAGUUACAAUCAUUUCAAUGGUUGAAUUGAUAUAUUUAGUUGUAAUCGUUUGUUCUUUGAAGUUAUUCACUUUUGUUUAAAUCCUAGUGUUCAUGAUAUUGAUAUUCACUUCCUUUUUAGCCCUAUAUAUCAACAAUAAUUAGCUUACCCAUUAAUACAUUUUCUAUUUAUUGUCCUCUUUAGUGUUAUGUCUAAUUGGAAAUUAUAAGGGAAUGUCAGAGUUAAUAGAAAUGUAUAAUAAUCUUUAGCUGAAUGAAUAAAGGAAGGCCAAAUAGAUAUCAUUAGUAAGUCAGCUAUUGCCUACACAUUCGUAUUUGAAGAUGAAAAAUAACACUCUAUAUAAUAGAUCAGAAUUUAUUGAUGAUUUAGAUGACGUUACUUUAUUAUUUGCAGAUAUUAAAGGAUUUACUGAAUAUUCCCACACUUAAACCCCAGAAGGAGUUGUAACAAUGUUAAGAAAUCUGUACACAGAGUUUGAUAAAUUAUGCUUACAAUAUAAUGUGUACAAAAUGUAUACAAUAGGUGAUUGUUAUGUCGUUAUGGGGUUUUAAUAGGCUAGUAAAAGAAAUGUAAAAUAUAAAUAUUUAAAAAUUAGCCAAUCCAAGAGGCCAUUAACACUGUUAAGAUGGGUUUUUCUAUGAUUGAAAUAAUUAUGGAGGUGAGAAAAUUAAUUGAUUUUCCUCUUCUAAAUAUGAGAAUUGGUAUUCAUACAGGAUCUAUAAUUGGGGGAAUUAUUGGAACCGAUAUUGUUCGUUAUGAUAUAUAUGGAUAGGAUGUCAGCAUAGCUAAUAAAAUGGAGAGUUCUGGAAGUGAAGGUCAUGUGUAAAUAUCAGAGACAACUAAAUUAAUGAUAGAGAGGGCAGAGAGAAAUCCUUUUGUGUUUUAAUUCAAACAAAACGUUGAAUUGGCUAAAUUCAAUACUUCUAUUAAUGGAUACAUAGUAGAAUGGGAAAGGAAAAAUAGAGAUAGAGGUGAGAGUCACUUUAGAGGUGAGCCUUAUAUAACAAGAGAGAAAAGGCAGAGCCAAAAUUUAUGAG